GGCUCCUUGCCCCUCCCUCUCCGCGCGCCCGCGUCCGGUCCAGCAAAGUUGGUGGCGCCCCGGCGCGCGUGGGCAUGGUGCACGGCAGGGUCUCCCGGCUCUCGGUCCACGACGUGCGCUUCCCCACGUCACUCGGGGGCCACGGCUCGGAUGCCAUGCACACAGACCCUGACUACUCAGCAGCCUAUGUUGUCUUGGAGACGGAUGCGGAAGACGGACUCAAGGGCUAUGGAAUUACCUUCACUCUGGGAAGAGGCACUGAAGUUGUUGUCUGUGCUGUGAAUGCUCUGGCCCCCCACGUGCUGAAUAAGGACCUUGGCGACAUUGUUGGGGAUUUCAGAGGUUUCUACAGGCAGCUCACGAGUGAUGGGCAGCUCAGAUGGAUCGGUCCUGAGAAGGGUGUGGUGCAUCUGGCCACGGCAGCCGUGCUCAACGCCGUGUGGGACCUGUGGGCCAAGCAGGAGGGGAAGCCUCUGUGGAAGUUACUUGUUGACAUGGACCCCCGGACACUGGUGUCCUGCAUCGAUUUCAGGUACAUCACUGACGUCCUGACAGAGGAGGAAGCCUGCGAAAUUCUGCGGCAAAGUCAGGUCGGGAAAAAAGAGCGAGAGGAGCAAAUGCUGGCACACGGCUACCCCGCCUACACCACAUCAUGCGCCUGGCUGGGCUACCCUGACGCCACGCUGAAGCAGCUCUGCAGCAAGGCGCUCAAGGACGGCUGGACCAGGUUUAAGGUAAAAGUUGGUGCCGAUCUCCAGGAUGACAUCCGUAGAUGCCGACUCAUCAGAAACAUGAUUGGGCCUGAGAAGACACUGAUGAUGGACGCCAACCAGCGCUGGGACGUGCCCGAGGCCGUGGAGUGGAUGACAAAGCUGGCCGAGUUCAAGCCACUGUGGAUUGAGGAGCCCACCUCCCCUGACGACAUUCUGGGACACGCUGCCAUUUCCAAGGCACUGGCCCCCUUGGGCAUCGGCGUGGCCACAGGAGAACAGUGCCACAAUAGAGUGAUAUUUAAGCAACUCCUACAGGCGAAAGCCCUGAAGUUUCUGCAGAUUGACAGCUGCAGGCUGGGAAGUGUCAACGAGAACCUCUCAGUGUUGCUGAUGGCCAAGAAGUUUGAAAUUCCUGUGUGCCCGCACGCCGGGGGAGUUGGCCUCUGUGAACUGGUGCAGCAUCUGAUCAUAUUUGACUUCAUAUCUGUCUCUGCAAGCCUCCAAGACAGGAUGUGUGAAUAUGUCGACCACCUGCAUGAACAUUUCAAGUAUCCUGUGCUGAUCAGGGAGGCUUCCUACAUGCCUCCAAAGGACGCUGGUUAUUCAACAGAAAUGAAGGAGGACUCGGUAAAGAGACACCGCUAUCCAGAUGGUGAAGUCUGGAAGAAGCUCCUAACUGCUCAAGGGAAUUAAGCGCUCAGCUCUGACACCUUUUGCUUUAAGUGAAAAGGCUUAAGAUUUCUUGGGUCUGGUUUUACAAAAAUAGAAGGAAAAAAAAAAAUCAUCCUGCCAAUCAAGACAAGUUCAGCUAAAAGUCAUACUAACCUCAGGGAUCAGCUUAGUCAUCAUUAUUACUUGAUUCUUUUAGUAGAAAAAAUUCUCCUAUGUAGUAUUUAGACAAAAAUAGCUCCAAUUAAUUCAAAGUACAGGAAGAUGUUCUUAAAUUUUUCAUCACACGCUGAUACCUAGACAUUGAACUGUACUUUGAAAACAAGCAGCAUGCUGAAAUACUCCCUUAAUCUUUUUAAAAAACACACUUGUCAUAAAUCAGUAUAAUACAAACAGUGCUGCAGCACUGUGCGGUAUCUGCUCUGCAACAAAAGUUUAAAAACAUCACUGAUAGCCCUGAGGUGGUUUAGCAUCUUUCUCUUGCUCAGUGUAAGCCUUUGAGAGAAUCCACACUGUGCUGAAGCUAAUGAGGGUAAAAUGGUAUCAGACUAUUUUUAUAACCCUUAAAACCUUUAUUCUAGAUAAUCAUUGUUUUUUAAUGAUAAAGAAAGCCAGAAUUAGAUGAAAAUAGGGUGAACUAGCUUACUCAGCAUUUCUAAAAUAUUCCCUCUCUAAGCCACAUCCAAACCAGAACACAGCACAUGUGUGUUUAUUUAGGAGGGUUCAGUUAAUCUACUUUAGUCAGGAACUACACAGAUAAAUAAUACAGAGUUUUAAACAUGAACGCAGAACAUUUAUUGUAACAAGAUAUAAAACUUUAAACAUUCAUAACCACACUAGGCAUAACCACACUAGGCAUUAACAUGACUGAUGGUGUUACCCAGCUUGCUCAGAUUUGGGGAACUAGUUCUAUAUAAUUCUUGAAAUGCACUGACCAUUUUCCUAAAAACACUAUGAAAUUUGAAUUAAUAUAUAUAAA